AUGCAAUGUGACGCGCGUUGCCUCGGCCAGAUCGUGUUCGUCUCGGCGAUCUGGGGCGCGACGAACCCGCUGAUGAGGCUCGGCACGAAGUAUCAGCAGGAGAAGAAGCCGGGAAAAGGCCUAUGCGGAAAGGUGGUGCACUUCCUCUCGAACUGGCGCUUCAUCGUGCCGUUUUUGUUGAACCAGGCGGGCGGGCUGCUGUUCACGUACCUGGUAGUGCACUUGCCCGUCUCCGUCGUCGUCCCGGCCACCAACUCGUUGCAGUUCGUCUUUGCGGCCAUAGCAGGAGCGCUGCUCGGCGAGACGCUCUCGGCGCGCGGCAUCGUCAGCUGCCUGCUCAUCCUGGGCGGCGUCGUGCUGAUGGUGUUCGGCGACGUGGAGCAGCCCCAGCAAGAAGAUAAGACCCAAAUGAAU